AUGUCAGCACUCGUGCUGCUCUCCUGCUUUCCGGGCUCUGCCUCUCGCGAAUUUUGGCCGUCUCUCGAGCCCUCUGCCGAGUGGCCGCUGCCGUCUCCCGAGCCGUCUCCCGAGCCGACUCCCGAGCCGUCUCAAUCUCCAGAGUCGCCCGCCUCGUACUAUUCCUACUAUUCCUACUAUUCCGACUACUGGUACGACGCCACGAACCCGCCGUCUCCGCCGUCUCCGCCGGCUCAUCCAUCUCCACCAGCCCCUCCUCCGCGUCCGCCGCUUCACCCACUCCACGCCGGCGAGGUCCCCGCCUUCUCGCGUGACGACAUCCAGAACGAGGUCGAUACCACUGCAGUGGGCGGCCUCGCUCGCGUCUACAUCCCGCCGGGCGGCCGCCUCGCCUUCACCACCCCGAAUGGCGGCGCUGUGUUCGUAUCCGACAGCUCCUCCCUCGACAUCGCGAAAGCCACUUUCACCAGUAGCAUCGCUCCAUCGGGCUCGGCGCUGUUCGUCGGCGCCAACGUCGAACGUGCAUCGAUACACGACGCCUCCUUCACGCUGCACGCGGGUGCCACGGUCGUGGCGCAGUCCCAGCUGCUCUGGAGCUGCCAGCUUGGCAGCUGGAUGCCUGCAGCCGGCAAGCUUGAGGGCGACCUCGCCGCCCCCGACUGCAGGCGGGCCGCCCGCAUCGAGUCCGCGGUCGGCCUGCAGCCCAAGUUCAAGGUCGUCAUCAGCUUCUACCAGGUGUGCAGCACCCUCGGCCUCGUCUACGGCCUCCGCCUCGACGAGCACUUUAUGCGCUGGCUCGACGUGCUCAAGCUAUUCAGCUUGGACCUGUUUGGCGUCGCCAUCCCCGGCCGCUGCAUCGGAGCCAUGAGCACGCGGCUGCUCGUCGCAGGCACCUGGCCGUACGCCGCUUUCGCCCUCGUGUCGCUCGCCAUUGUCGCGGCGGCGGCGGUCCUCAACAACAAGCAGGCAUUCGACCGCCAGCUGCUCGGCCGCCUCCUUUACUGGGCGAUCUUCAUCUUCUACCUCGCGCUUCCCUCCGUCUCGCGCUCCAUCUUCAGCGCGAGGCUGUGCGAGUCCUUUGGCUACGACGACGCGACAAGCCAGCGCAUCAGCUUCCUGCUCGCCGACCCAUCGCUCACGUGCGACGCCGGCCCUACGUGGGACGACGAGACGGGCGGACUCGCGCCGUACUUUUGGGCCUUCUUCGCCCUCUGGCCCGUCCUCGUGCCGCUCGGCUUCUUGGCGCUGCUGCUCUGCGUCCGCAAGCCCGUGGCUGCGCAGCGCGCAACGCCGCUCUCUCACGCGACGAGCUUCCUUUGGCGGGACUACUCCGCCCGCUUCCUCUUCUGGGAGGUGCUCGACCUGUUUCGCAAGAUCUUCCUCACCUCGAUGGUCCUCUUCAUCGACCAGGAGUACGGCUCCCGCAAGCUGCUGCGCACCGUGGUCGCCGCCAUCGUCUCGGCCAUGUUUCUCACCCUCUUAGCGCUCGCUCGUCCCUACCGGCGCUCCGACGACCUCUGCCUUGCGUGCAUCGCCAACCUGCUCCUCACGUGCUGCUUCGCGUCGGGAGUGGUCAUCCAGCUGUGCGACAGCACCGCGUACAAAGACAUGUGCUACACCCUCGUUGGCUACAAGACGUCGCGCAGCGCCACCACCUUUGUCGUCGUCCUCACCGCGGUCAUGCUCGCCGUCUCGCUAGCCGUCAUCAUUGUGUCGGCGGUCAGCGCCUCGAGGGCGAAGACCAUGCGGCUCGCCUCUUCGAUGCGCGAGCCGAUGCGCGACGGCAUCACCCUCGCCGACGGCCAGGAGUGGCACCUCUUCCUCAGCCACGUCUGGAGCACGGGGCAGGACGCCGUCGCCGUCAUCAAGAACGAGCUCCAGCAGUUCCUUCCCGGCUGCGAGAUCUUCCUCGACAUCGACGACCUCAAAAACAUCGGAGAGCUCGAGGCGUACAUUCGUCGCUCGCAGGUAGUGCUCUGCUUCCUGUCGCGGGGCUACCUGCGCUCGACGAACUGCCUGCGCGAGGUCCGCGCAGCGCUAGCGAUGGGCAAGCCGCUCGUGCUCGUCCACGAGGCAGACCCGGACAAGGGCGGAGGCACACUCGCCGAGCUGCGAUCCGAGUGCCCCGAGGAGCUGCGGGCCGCCAUCUUUGACGCCGGCUGGCCGAUGGCGGUGUGGCAUCGGAUCGAGGCCUUCCAGCACGUCUCGCUCAAGGUCAUCGCCGAGGCGCUGCUGCUGAAGGCGCCAAAGUACGCGGGAGAGGACGAACUUCCCCUGUGCAUCCCUGGCGAAGUCCGAGCCGUCGACCUCGCCUUCCCCAAGCCGGUGGCUCUCUGGGCCUCGACUUUGAACGCCGGGGCGCGAGAUCUCGCCGAUGCGGUCGCGGCGGCCGUGGCUGGUGGCGUCUCGAUCACCGACGCGACGCCCUCGCGCCUCUCCUCGCUGCCUCGCUCGAGCGUCGGCGACGGCGACGGCGACGAGGCGACGCACAUGCUGCUCUACCUGAACAGGUCGACGUGGGCCGGCGAUGGCGCCGAGGCGCUCGCAGAGCAGGUGCGCGCCGCGCGCAGCGCCAGGCUGCCGAUCGUCAUGGCGCACGAGAACGACGCUCUCUGCGGCGGCUGCAUCUUUGGCCACUUUUUCGAGGUGACGCCGCGCGACCUGAUUGCCGAUGGGCUGUACCACGACCUCGCCGUCGGUUGCCACGCGGGCCCGCACCGGCAGGUGUCCCUCGCCCUGCUCGCAACGGCGCUCGGCGCGACCAAGCAGACGGCCCAGUCGCGCGUGCGCCGCGCCACCGCGCUCGCUCUAGCGAUCCGCGGCCCCUCUACACAAGCGGAGCCGUCGAAUGGCGACGACGUUGUGGAAGCGUCAGCGACGCAGGACCGCCAGAUUGUCUGA